AUGCCCGCCGCCGUUUUUGCGGCCCAGGCACGCCCGGCCCCAGGAGCCGCCGUGGUCCUCUUUGGCCGCCCGGUCCUGCAGCGGCUCGCCGAAAAAGCACCGCCCUUCGUGCUCGGCAUGUUGGCCACGUACGUGCUCCAGCUAGCCGUGCCCACCGUGGCAUACUACACGGCCGCCACGGCGCGGCUCUUGAAAGCGGCGUUUUUGUGGCUGGCACUCCUUGUGGCCGUGGCGUGGCUCGCCGGCCUCGGGCCCGUCCAGGCGCACGACCUUGCCGGGAUGGCCCGCCGUGUGGCGGCCAAUUUCCAGCAUGGCCCCGUAGCCCCGGGCCCACAAAACCGGCCCGGUCGCUCGUAUCGCCGGGCCUCGGCCUUGGUUCCUGAGCCGCGGUCGCCGGAGCGAGGCGCCGGGCCGGGCCGGAAAACCCCGUGCUCUCCGUCUCGGCAACGACCGAAAGCAGGGCCCUGUGCCCCGGGCCCCGUCCACGUGCCGUCGUUUGUGGUUCCCGUUCGGGACUCCCUGCACAAGGCCUGCUCGGACGCCGUUUUUCCGCAUCAGCCUGUGAUUCUGCGGCCUGUGAUUCUGCGGCCUGGUGCUAGGAGACAUGGCUCGGACAGCGAGGGUGUGCGAGACGAGGCCCAUCCCAAAGAUAACCGGGCCACCGGCCAGCUCCUGCUGCCUGCAGCCAGAGACACGGGUUUGGCGCUGCCGGCCACGGGGAUGGGGGGUGUGAGCGGCCGCAGACUUGCGUACCCACAGGAACCCCCUCGGCCGUCGUCACAUGUCUUUUUGCGAGACAACGGCGGGGUGUCUUUCGAAACAAGGCCCGAUUCUGCGGGGUCUCUUGAAACAAGGCGCGGCUCUGCUGGGUCUUUCGAAACAAGGCUCGAUUCUCCUGGGUCCCCCAGAACAAGGCGCAACUCUGCUGGGUCUCCCAAAACAAGGCUCGAUUCUGCUGGGACGGCGGCAGUUUCUUCGGUCCCUGGUCUCCCUGCGGACGGAGCCCUUGUGCAUGGCCAAAAGAGUGGGCCGGGAAACGCCGGUUUUCUCGGCCGGACAAUGUCUGUGCUGAGCGAGCAAUCGGUGCUCGGCACAAGGGCCAACUACUCGAAGUUUCUUGCCAACGUGGGUAAGUGA